UCUGAGAUUACUGGUUUCCUGUCACCCCUAGCAACGCUUGUAGAUACUUCCCUAUACAAUAACACUGAGGUGGCCAUAUUAGAGAUUCGGUGAAAAAGGAGGGAAGAUAAAUCUGUUACAAAUCGAGUAGAACUUGCAAAAAAGCAAGAUGAUGACCAACAUCCGCAGCAACAUGCGCGGCCACAUGCUGGAGCAGACUCGCAGGCAGGAGGAGGUGAGAGAGGACACGCUGAAACGACUCGCCACGGAGAGGAUAAUGGAUGCCAACAUGCGCAGCGAGGAGAGGAUCGAGGACAAGCGCUUCCUGCGGCGGCAACAAAUAGAAAACAAGGAGCGAGAAAUGGAGGAGUCGAUAUUGAGGUCGGAGCGGGACAGGUUGUUAAAGGACCAGCAGCUCGCCCAAGAGGAACAACUGGCUCAGCAGCUGGAGAAGAUGAAGCAGGAGAAGACGAAGGAUGAGAAGAUGAGGCAGCAGAUCCGUGAAACCAGCCUGGAGCUGCGUGAGCUGGAGGCCAAGUUGAAGGCCGCCUACAUGAACAAGGAGAGAGCUGCCCAGCUGGCCGAGAAAGACGCCCUCAAGUUUGACCAGAUGAAACGAGACAGCCAGAUCGCGAGGGAGAUGAAGGAGCAGCACGACCGGGCUGCGGAGGCGGAGCAGGCGCGUCAGAUGGAGCGCUACAAGGAGCAGGUGCGGUACCAGCAGGAGCUGGAGCGGCAGCUGGAGGAACAGGAAGUGCGGCGGCAGCAGGCGUACGAGGAGUUCCUCAAGGAGAAGCUCAUGAUCGACGAGAUCGUACGCAAGAUCUACGAGGAGGACCAGAGGGACACAGAGAGGAACCUACAGAAGCGCAAGGCAACGCAGGCGUACAUCGCAGAGUUCAAGCAGGCGCGGGAGGAGUGGAAGGACCUGGAGCGACGGCGCAUGGAGGAGGAGAACAUGCGCAUCAUGCAGUUCGCCAACGUGCAGAAGGAGAGGGAGGAUGAGUUCCGCCAACAGAAGAUGGAGAAAGAGCAGGCCAUGGAUCGCAUGCAGAAAGAACUGUCGGAGCAGAUAGCACAGAAGGAUGCGGAGCGCGAGGAGAUGGAGCGGGUCAGGAUGGAGCUGUACCUCGAGGAACAGGAGGAGCGGGCUCGACAGCAGGAGCGAGCGGAGAUGGAGCGCAAGCUGCGGCAGCGGAUCGACCUACAGGCCACCCACUCCAAGCAGAUGCACUACAAGGCUCUCCGGCUCCAGGCUGAGAAGGACGAGGAGGAGGUCUUCAGACAACAGAUGUUGGCCAAGUUUGCGGAGGAUGAUCGCAUCGAGCAGAUGAACGCCCAGCGGCGGCGCAUGAAGCAGCUGGAGCACAAGCGUGCGGUGGAGACGCUGCUGGACGAGCGGCGGGCGCAGUACGCCAUGGAGAGGGAGCGGGAGGUGGAGGCCAGGCAGGAGGAGGUCAAGAUGGAGGACUUCCGGCGACAGAUCAUCGAGGAGGAGAGGCAGAGGCUGCUGAAGGAACACGCAGGCAGACUGCUGGGAUACCUGCCCAAGGGGGUGAUCCGGGACAGCCAGGACCUACAGAUGCUGGGCCCCGAGUUCCAGGGCGCAUACAAACAGAGGCAGAUCGACCCCUUUGAUGAAUCCGCCUGGGACCAGAGUGCCCGAUAGUGCCCCGCCCUGCCCCGCCCCCUCCAACAUUUUUACAUACAGACACAACCGACGGAGUGGCCACACUGUCAUCAAGUUGUGCACUCUUCACGUUAUCUUUGUGUUUACAAAUGUUCAUGUGAUUCUUCAGCCAUGUGGUAAUGCUAAUAAUUCCUGUCUCAUUUUCCCUGUGAACACAUCUGCAUGUGGCCUCCAAACACGAUGUAAGGAAGACAAGUUCUUAGUGGAAGUAACUUAUUCGUUUUGUUCUGUUGAAUUAUUACGUCCAGAUGUUUCAGAUUUGUUUUUAUUCUAAACUUGUUUCAUUGAAGAUUUAUUUAUCACAGACUUAUGUAUAAGCUCCACGUGUCCAGUAUUUCUAUGCAUUAUCAGCCAUGGCUGACAAAACUGAAAUGUGGCUCUGUCCAGAAUGUUUUGCCACGACACAGAUGUAGCUGUCCUUGAUGUGGCCACUGACCCACCCUCACUUCACCCUGUCAUCAGGAGCGCCCAUUUUGUACUUUUGUAUUUUGAUGUAGAACCCUUCAUAUAGUUAAUUCAAACUCUUGUCAAUAAUUUCAAAAUGUCAUUUAAUAUUUCUUUAACUUCAAAGUCUUCACGAAACAAUUACUGAUGUCAAAUAUGAUUUGAAGAGAAUGAUAAUCACCAAGAUAAACUCUAUGGAAUAAUGUCAGCGUGUGAAUCCUCACCACUGUAUGAGCACUAGUGUUAGACUGUAUGUAUGGUGGAGCUAUUGUCAGUAGGAUGUUUGUAUAUAUCUCUGUAGACUUCUACACUGUAAAUAGAGACUGGGUGUACAUAUACUAUGAGGUAGUCAGCUGCUGUGAUGGAAGUAAAUGCUUGUAAAUC